UUAUCAUGGCGGAAAGUGAGCGGUUGAGCCCCUUCGUUUACUGGGGUCAGAAAACGGACCAUGUCUCGUUAAAAAUUGAUCUGAGGGAUGUUGUUGAUCCCAAAGUCGAGUUGACUGAAGAUGGGCUAAAAUUUGAAGCCGAUGGGAUUGGUGUUAGGGGCAACAACUUUUAUCAGCUGGAUAUAGAUUUUUACCAUCCUGUUGAUCCAGACAAAAGUAGAUACAGAGUGUUGAAUAGGUGCAUUGACUUCUACAUCCAGAAGAAGGGGAGUGGUGAAGUGUGGCCAAGGCUCACAUACCAAAAAAUCAAGUACCCCUGGCUCAAAAUUGAUUUUGACAAAGUUGCGUAUGAAGAUGAAUCAGAAUCAGAGGAAGAAGACAAGGCAAAAAAUAUGUCCGAGGAAGAUGUUUUGAAACAGAUUGAGAAAGAACUGGACUUAGAUGCUGCUAAAGGCCCAGAUUUACCUGAUCUGAAGACAACAUACCUGUUUUUCUACAAUCUAUUCCAAUUUGUUGGCUUCACCUUCAUCAGCAGUGUUCUUAUUGUAAAUUUCUGCAGAGACAAACAAAUGGCAAUGACAUCGAGCUUCAGCCUGGUAGGAAAUCCCUUAAUGAUUUGUCAGACAGCAGCCAUCAUGGAAAUUCUUCAUCCUAUGUUAGGGCUGGUCAAAUCAAGUGCAAUAGCCCCUUUAAUGCAGGUCCUUGGGAGAAAUUUUAUACUAUUUGUUGUAAUUCUUCAUGAAGAGAACAUACAAACUGCACCUAUAGUAUUUUUCUUGCUUUUAACAUGGAGUUUGAUAGAAGUUGUUAGAUAUCCAUUUUACAUGUUAGCAGUUCUAAAUCAAAAAGUUUACAUUGUCACAUGGUUGAGGUAUACAAUGUGGAUGCCACUUUAUCCUCUUGGCAUAUUUCUAGAAGGUGCUGUAGUCAUUUUAGCCAUUCCAUUAUAUGAGAUGUCUGAAAGGUUCUGCCUGUUUCUACCAAACAGUGUCAACAUGGCAUUUUAUUUCCCAUGGCUUCUGUAUGCAUAUCCACCAGUUUUGCUAAUAGCUGGAUAUAACAUGCUCAAGUACAUGAACAACCAAAGAAAGAAAGUAUUAGGUGCCACAUCAACUUCAAAAUCCAAAAAGUCCUCAUGAAGUUCACAUUGAUCACUUUACCAAGUUUUUCUAGCUUUAUUUAUUUUUAAAUUCAUUUUGUAUCCAUAGAAGAAUGGUUAAGAAAUUAAUUUAAUAACUGAUUAAUUUGUUUUAUCUGAUUAUUUUUAUUGCACUUUAUUGUUGAAUCGUUCAAUAUUUUGUAAUACCAAGCAUUAUGUAAAACAUGGGCAGUUUCAGUUUAUACUGAAGUAUUAUGAUUUUAGUGUAAGUGUUGUGAUGUUUGAGUGUAUGUUGCAUUUGUCUUAUAAAAUAAGCAACUGCUUAGAUACAUGUAAUUUAUUAUUUUGUAUCAGUAUUUUGGUAAGAAUGAAAAAAAAUCUUUUCAAUACAUAUAUAGUUGAGCUAGAUCUUGAAAAGAAUCUUGAGCAUUAAACCCACAUAUUAAAUGAUAUAUUAAAACUAUCUUGUCACAACUUAAAUACAUAAAAAUGAAAAACAAAAACUGUUCUUAAAUUCUGUUGCCAAUGAAAUGGAGGUAUGAAUGCUACUUACUAUCCAAUGCUAACAACUGAGGAUACUUUUAAACUGCAAAGUGAAAUCGAAACAAAACGAAAUGGAAGAGACCAGGACCUAGCGGAUAUAAAUGCUAGAUAUCUAGGUCUUGUGAAUGGCCUGUAUGUUUCAAAUACAGUGAAACACGCUAAUAACAAAGUGCCAAGGACAGAUAAUUUUGCUUUGUUUUAAGUUCGUUAUAUCCAUUAAGUUUACAAUAUGUUUAAAUGUCAUGGGGAAUGAAAUCACUUUACUGUAAGCAUCGAUUUAUUAAAAGCAUGUUUGCUAUAAGUGUGUGUGAUUGUAUUUAGCUGUUUAGAGUUAUGUAGCAACUACAAUAUUAGUAAUUUUUUCAUUAAUCACUAGAUGCUAAUUUAACCAAACUGUGGUAAAAUUAAUUUAAAAUUAUA